UGAGAGUGCGACGAUAAGCUAGUCGCCAAAUCGUGACAAAUGGCAAAUUAUUUGGCGCUGUAACAUCUCUUACCGUCUUACCGAUCGCCAGGCGUUUGCAGUUGCAUUGCCGCCGGAAUGCCAAUCAGUCGCUCCAUAGCUCAGGUUACGCUUGGUUUGCGCCACAUUCCCAAUUAGUGUGUUUCGUGUAUAUGUAUAUAUGCAUGUGCUGGAAGCUGUGCCUCCAAAUCGCUCCGCCAUGAGCAGCAAGUCGUGGACGCUGCCACGCCUCUCGCAGUCCAGCGCCUCCUCCGCCCACGGACUGCUGGGAUCCGUCCGUCUGACCUACGCCAUAUGCGCCUUCCUGGCCACUUGCCUGCACGCCGCCAUGAGGAACAUGCUCGGCAUGAUCAUCCUGAAGAUGGUCAUGCCUCGGCCGGAGGAUGCACUGGUUGUGCCACCGGAGUUUGGUCGCCUAACGGAGGGAAAUAUCACCUCCACGGGGCGGUGUGGCUCUCCUCGGAUCAUUUUCAAUCCCCAAAUCCAAGAGACUCAGCAGUCUGGCGACCUGCCAUGGACCCGAAAUCAGGAGCUGACGUUCCCUGGUGUUUACUACUAUGGCUACGUGGUUUCCAUCUCGUUAUCCGGCUACCUGGCAGAUCGGUGCAGCAGCAAGGUGCUGUUCCUCGUGUCCCUAAUCUUCGAGGCGGUGGCCUACAUCCUGCUCCCAGCGAUGGCGCAUUUUAGCUUCGAGGCCGCAGUUGUUGAUCUGGUCAUUUGCGGCUUGCUGGCCGGCUGUGGCAAUCCUGCAAUGUACAAACUGUUUGUGACCUGGGCUCAUCCCACUGAGAGAACAGCGCUCCUAUCCUUCGCCUACAGUGGACUUCUGAUGGGCUCCAUGUUGGUUUACCCGGUGGCCAGUUACCUGAGCAACUUCGGCUGGGAGCUGUCCUUCUAUGUAGUAGGUGGGGUUGGCCUUUCCUUAGGCAUUGCCUGCUGCUUUCUCGUUUAUGACACUGUGGAGCAGCAUCCAAGGAUAUCGGAUGAGGAGGUUGAAUACCUUAGGCAGGGAAAGAGCCAAUUGGGCCUUCAGCAGCAGCCAGUGCUGCGGAUUCCCUGGAAGAGCCUGCUAACCGCUCCGCCCGCCUACGCCUUCAUCCUGACCCACAUGUUCCACACAUACUCCUUUCUGGUGAUUGUACAACUGAUGCCGCGAUUUAUGCGCGAGGCCAUGGAAUUUGAGCUGCGCGAGGUGGGUUUCCUCUCGGCUGCUCCGUAUCUGGGCGGGAUCUGCUCGAAGGUGAUGUGCAUCCUGGGUGGCAGCUACGUGGAACGUCGCGUGGGUUCUGACCAGAACUGUGUGCGGAGAAUGCUGUACGGGAUCUGCAGCAUCCUGACCACUUCUUUGAUUGGGGUCAUCAUCCUGGCUGAUUGCAAUAACAAAAUACUGGUACUUGUGAUGUUCGCCUUCAUGAUGGCCACUACGGAUAUGGGUUUCAGUGGCUACUGGCCCACGCUGCUCUACUUUGCGCCCUCCUUCGCGGGAUUGCUUUCGGGUCUGGCCAACGGACUGGCUCACCUUUCCGGAUUCCUAGCUCCCCACCUUGUCGCCGCUCUGGUUCACACUGGCAGCAAGGAUGAGUGGAAUGUGGUGCUGGUGACGCUGAUUGCCUGUAAUACGCUGGCCAUGUUGGUAUUUGCGUUUUGCAGCAGUACGAACCUACAACCUUGGGAUCCUCGUAGCAGAAAAGAGAAAGAGACCGGGUCACCACGUGCUCAGGAUUCGAAUAGUUAGCAUUAUGUGUAUAUAUGUAUGUUUUAUUUGUUUUUACACUUUUGUACUUUUGGAUCAACUUAUCUGUUUACUAGGAAUGUAGAAUUUUUUGUGUUAAAAUAAAUAUACAAUGUCAAAAUCAAACAACAAAUAAAUUAUCCUUAAAAUAUUUCCAACCACAUCUUUAAAAAUAAAAUUUCAAAUCACCGCGCCAUAAUAUCGUACACAUUGUGAGCUCUCAUUCUUAUCGAUAGUUUUACCGUUGUAUAAACCAAGCUGUCAUAUGAUUUUAAACAUUCGAAUUUCUACAAUUCUAGCACAAAAUUACAUUAAUAUCCAUAGUUGCAAAAAUAUGUGCUAAAGCAAACAGCUAAUGGUAGUCAAAGCACUAAAUGGACUUAUUCCUUGCAAGUCUAUCGAUAGCUGUCUGAUUUGCCGCAUAGAUUUGGUUUGAGUCAAGGCUAAAAUCUAUCAAGUUCAAAAACAGCUAUUUUAUCUGCUUCAAAGGUGGAUUAUCGUAUAUAUUAGGAAAAAGUGAGUAGUCAUAUUUCUAGAAAACGAAUGCUAUACCUAUUAGAGCAAUGCUAUACCUACGUUGAAAAAUAUCGAUAGUCACAGGGGAACACCGAUGCAUCGAUAGUGCCAUCGAUGUUUCUCCACCUUGCUUUAUUAAUCAUUUCAAUUUUUUUCAAUUCGUUUGCUUGACGUUCACGGACGUGAUUCCGCACACAGCACAUACUCGAAUACGUUUCGCAAUAUAUGUAUCAAAAUUCUCCGUGUGGACUCCAUCUGGAUUGGAUGCAACACUAAAUUGCCAGUGUUUUCCCCUAGAUUUCCUAACGACGCAAAAUUCUCAGUGCAACAUAAAACCGAAAGCCUUUCUAACAACACAAU